ACAACGCGUCUGACUUUCACCUUACUCGCCGCUUUGGGCGCUGAUGUCGUUCCAUCUGUCAAACGGUAACAACUUUUGCAGCAGUGGCCAUUAAGUACAAGUUACGUCGGAAUGCCUAAAGUGCGGAGGAGCAAGAAAGCUCCACCUGAAGGAUGGGAAUUGAUAGAGCCCACUUUGGAAGAACUAGAGCAGAAGAUGAGGGAAGCUGAAACGGAACCUCAUGAAGGAAAGCGAAAAGUGGAAGCUCUGUGGCCCAUAUUUAAAAUUCAUCAUCAGAAAUCGAGAUAUAUAUACGACCUGUUUUAUCGCAGGAAAGCUAUCAGCAGAGAGCUGUAUGAGUACUGCCUCAAUGAAAACAUUGCAGAUAAAAAUCUGAUAGCAAAAUGGAAGAAACAGGGAUAUGAAAAUCUGUGCUGCUUGCGGUGUAUACAGACAAGAGAUACUAACUUUGCAACAAACUGUAUAUGCAGGGUACCAAAGGGCAAACUUGAAGAGGGUCGCAUUGUGGAAUGUAUUCACUGUGGCUGCAGAGGGUGUUCGGGAUAAAUUCACACUUCGAUGAACUGGAGUGUAUGAAGUCAGAGACAGUACUCGGCAGACUAACUGCCAGCAAUAGAACGAAUUUUCACAAAGACUUGAUUUUUAUUGUAAUUUUUUCAUGUACAUUAUUACCAUUUGUUAAUAAAGUUAUCUGUUUAAACA